AGACAUCACUUAUAAAAUUCAUGUUAAUAGAUAUAACUUUUGCUAUGACGUAGAUAAAAUAGUCGGGAUAAAAAUUCCCCACCACUUUGUUUAAUGAAAUAAAGUAAAAGAUAAGAAUUUUCUUGUUCAGCAUUUCAAUGUGAUAUCCAUCAGUGUACAUCUGGCGACAUUGGUUGAUUCGAAAGAUCAGUUAUUGAAUUCUCUAAAGACUUUAAUUAAAGUCAAAUUUUCCAUCCAAAUAUCAAAAAUUAAUCUGUAUAUACGAAGCCAUUGAGUAUAAAAAGAAAAACAUAAUAAUUGAUGGUUGAUUUGUGAGCGUGACAUUUUCUUUAAUAAAUAGAGAAAGUAAUUGAUAAUAUUUCCUUGUUGUUCAUGAAAGCAUAUCCAGUUUUAUUAUUCUUGUCACCGAUGUCAUCAGGAAUGUUUUUUUUAUCGUUCAUUAAUAUUUAAUCAGUCAUUGUGAAUACUCUGUAUUUUUUUUUAUCAUGAAACCACGAAAGUUUUCAGUAGCUUCCAAAAUAUUCGCAGUUAUCGCAGUUGUUUUUGUGCUAUCUUUUUCCAUUUGCAUUGCAAUUUGGAAGUUAAGUAUUCAAUCUGAAGAUGAUGCAUGGAAUAAACCUGAAACUCAACCACAUAUCGUAGUCAUUAUUGCUGAUGAUAUGGGAUGGAACGAUGUAAGUUACCAUGGCUCGAAUCAAAUUCCAACACCCAACAUUGAUGCUUUAGCAUACAACGGAGUGAUUUUAAGAAAUCAUUAUGUUCUGCCGAUAUGUACGCCUUCCCGAACAGCAUUCUUUACCGGGCGUUAUCCGAUAAGAGAUGGAAUGUAUGGUUAUCCUUUAAAAGCUGGUGAGCCUCGAGGAAUUCCUCUAAAUACAACUUUACUUCCUCAGCAUCUUCGUAAUUUAGGAUACUCUACUCAUAUAGUUGGUAAAUGGCACACUGGAUACCAAUCUGAUGAUUUUACUCCAGCUCGAAGAGGAUUUGAAACAUUUUUCGGCUAUUACAAUGGUUAUAUUUCAUAUUUUGAUUAUUUGGCUUCCAAUGAAAAGGAUAACGUAACUGGCUAUGAUAUGCACAGAGAUAAUGCGAAAGAAAUAAAACCUGACUGGUCUCAUACAAACAAGUAUGCUACUGAUGUAUUCACAGAUGAAGCUAUCAAGGUAAUUGACAAUCAUAAUAGCAACAAGCCACUGUAUCUUCAAAUUUCUCAUCUCGCUCCACACUCGUCUGAUCAAAGACAUCCUCUAGAAGUUCGAGAUAUGAAGGAAGUGAACAGGACAUUUGGUCAUAUAUCAGACAUAUCUCGACGUCAAUAUGCAGGAAUGGUGAGUGCUCUAGAUGAGUCUGUGGGGCGAGUUGUAGAAGCGCUUAGUCAGAAUAACAUGUUAGAAAAUUCAAUUAUUCUUUUUAUGAGCGAUAAUGGAGCUCAGACCAUUGGAUUUCUGAAGAAUCAUGGAUCUAACUAUCCAUUCAGAGGUCUUAAAUUCACUCUGUAUGAAGGAGGAGUACAUGGUGUCGCAUGUGUUUAUUCUCCGUUGAUAAAGUACAGGCAACGAGUCAGUGAAAACUUUAUACACAUAACUGAUUGGCUACCAACACUUUAUUCUGCUGCUGGAGGUCACUCUGCUGAUUUAGGAAUGAUAGAUGGUGUGGAUCAGUGGCUCACUAUCAGUCGAAGAAAACGUAGUAGACGGCACUCUUUACUAGUCAAUAUUGAUGAUAGCGUGAAUUUAGAAGCAGCUAUAAUCGGACAGUACAAAUUACUCAAAGGAGCUAGUCCAGAGUAUGAUAGUUAUUACGGCGAGAAUGUUGAUGAUGAUGAUCCAUCGACGCCUGCUUAUGAUUUAGACGCAGUCUCGAAUUCUCUAGCUGGUCAGGCUAUCGCUCGAGUCUCGGGAGCUUACUUAUCUCGAAAGCAAAUGCUACAGCUUCGGUCGACGAGUAAAAUUAUUUGUAAACCGUUUAGUCAAUACUCCAACUGCUCAGAUCGUUGUCUAUUUGAUUUGACUGUUGAUCCGUGUGAAACAACAGACAUCUCUCAGCAGUAUCCGGAAGUCGUUCGAACGUUAGAGGAUUACAUCGAUGGAUACCGAAGAGUGCUGUUACAGCAAAAUAAAACAUACGUGGACCCCAAUUCUUUGCCAUACCACUUUGGAGGAGUCUGGAUGCCUUGGCUUCCUGCAAAAUAAUUGAUACAUAUUCUUGUAUUGUAUAAUUACCAUUAAGCUGAAUAAAAACUAAUUUUGUACUGUAA